AGGGAGGGAGAGAGAAAGAGAGAGAGGGAAAGAGAGAAUGAGUGUGCAGUGCACUGAGAAGAAGAGAGGAAAAAAAGGAAAGAAAGGCGAGAUUUUUGAAGCAAGGGAUGGAUAUGAAAAGCUGAGUUAAAAAGUGAAUCGCUUUUGUAUACGUGAUGAAAGGGUCAAAAAAGCCCUUUCAUUUUUUUUCAUUGUUAAAUUCACAGACUUUGAGACAGAAAAACAGAGUCAACCGACCCUUUUGGAGCUUUGUAUUUGUAAGGCUUCGAUAACUCCACCGAGGCACAUCGCCUUUUAUCUUCUCUUCUCUCCUCUUCAACCCUUCUAUUCUAUUUUCAUCUUCUCUCUCUCGCUUUUCCUUCUCUUUUUUCAUUUCUCUCUGCAAAUCUUUUGUUUUCUUCCUUUUAUCAUCUUUUCUCGCUAGUCUGCUUCUACACUUUCUAAGUUCAGUACACUCGAGGCUCUUCAACCAUGCAGCCAAGCAGAUAUAAUUAUACUUCUUCCGAGAACUAGGGUUCCUCCCUCCUUUUUUCUGUUCUUUCUUUAGGCUAGAGAGUGAUUAGUUUUUAGAGAGAGAGAGAGAGGGAUAGAGAACGAAGUGCUAAGCAGGAGUUUGAAGGGGUUUCGCUUGCCUUCUUUCUCUUUCUUUCUCUCUGGAAAAAAAAAAGUUUCUGUAGAGAGGAAGUUUGAGACAUUUGGACAUUUUUCCUUGUGUCUCCUCUACCUCUUUGCCUUUCUUUUCUUUCAUGUUUCCAAUAUUAAAAGAUUUGUAUUACCAAAUACCGUUUUUCAACUUUUAGACUAUUAUUUCUUGAUUUUCAAUUUUGGGUUGGCUUGUUUCGGUGCUGAUAUUCAUGGGUCUGAUUGAGAAAUGGAGCAAGUUUGUUGACGAUUGCCGUGUGAGAGAAGUGCUUGUAAAUUUUUAGAGAAUAAGAAGCAAAUCUAGACGGGAUAAGUGACAUACUGGGAGUAGAUAUUGGGGUAAAAAAAGGCUUUAAUCAAGUUCAUGAGUUUUGGGGGUUUCCUUGAAAAAGGUAGUCCUGGUGGUGGAGGUGCAAGAAUCGUGGCAGAUAUAGCAUACAGCAGCAGCAACAUGCCCACUGGUGCAAUAGCUCAGCCACGCCUUAUCCCUCCUUCGCUCACCAAGUCCAUGUUCAACUCCCCUGGACUCUCUCUAGCUCUCCAACAACCCAAUAUAGAUGGUCAAGGUGACGUAGCUAGAAUGGCCGAAAACUUUGAGUCAAGCGGUGGUCGGAGAAGCAGAGAAGAAGAACAUGAGAGCAGAUCUGGGAGUUAUAAUAUGGAUGGAGCUUCCGGUGAUGAUCAAGACGCCGCUGACAAUCGUCCAAGGAAGAAGAGAUAUCACCGACACACUCCACAGCAAAUUCAAGAACUGGAAGCCCUGUUCAAGGAGUGUCCUCAUCCUGACGAGAAACAAAGAUUGGAGCUUAGCAAAAGGCUUUGCUUGGAGACCAGGCAAGUCAAGUUCUGGUUUCAAAAUCGCCGAACCCAAAUGAAGACCCAAUUGGAACGCCACGAGAACUCAUUACUCAGGCAAGAGAACGACAAGCUUCGGGCAGAGAACAUGUCGAUUAGGGAUGCUAUGAGAAACCCAAUUUGUUCCAACUGCGGUGGUCCUGCAAUUAUCGGUGAUAUUUCACUCGAAGAGCAGCAUUUGACGAUUGAGAAUGCCCGCUUAAAAGAUGAACUGGAUCGUGUUUGCGCCCUUGCUGGCAAGUUCUUGGGUCGCCCCAUUUCUUUAUUGACUACUUCUAUUGGCCCUCCGAUGCCAAAUUCAAGCUUGGAGCUUGGUGUUGGUGGCAAUGGUUUUGGUUGUUUAAGCACUGUUGCCACAACGGCACCUUUGGGGCCUGAUUUUGGAGCUGGGAUUUCAAACGCGUUGCCUGUGGUGACCCAAACUAGACCACCAACAGCUGGCGUCACAGGCCUUGAUAGAUCACUUGAGAGAUCUAUGUUCCUGGAGCUGGCGUUGGCUGCCAUGGAUGAGUUGGUUAAGAUGGCACAGACUGAUGAGCCUCUUUGGUUCAGGAGCUUGGAGGGUGGUAGGGAAAUAUUGAACCAUGAAGAGUAUAUGAGAAUUUUCACUCCUUGCAUUGGGAUGAAACCUAGUGGGUUUGUUUCUGAGGCUUCCAGGGAAACUGGCAUGGUAAUCAUCAGCAGUUUGGCACUUGUAGAGACUCUGAUGGACUCGAAUCGAUGGGCAGAAAUGUUUCCUUGUAUGAUUGCUAGGACAUCUACCACUGAUGUCAUAUCCAUUGGAAUGGGGGGAACUAGAAAUGGCUCACUUCAGUUGAUGCAUGCUGAGCUCCAAGUUCUAUCUCCUUUGGUCCCCGUUCGGGAGGUCAAUUUCCUCCGGUUUUGCAAGCAGCACGCAGAGGGUGUGUGGGCUGUUGUUGAUGUGUCCAUUGACAGUGUCCGAGAAACUUCCGGUGCACCAACAUUUGUGAACUGCAGGAGACUUCCUUCUGGUUGUGUGGUUCAAGAUAUGCCUAACGGGUACUGCAAGGUUACAUGGGUUGAGCAUGCAGAAUAUGACGAGACUCAAAUCCACCAACUCUACCAGCCGUUGAUAAGUUCCGGUAUGGGCUUCGGCGCCCAGCGAUGGGUCGCCACCCUUCAACGCCAAAGCGAGUGUCUAGCCAUUCUCAUGUCCACUGUUCCCACCAGAGACCACACAGCGAUUACUUCGGGUGGGAGAAGAAGCAUGCUCAAGCUGGCUCAGAGAAUGACCGAUAACUUCUGUGCUGGGGUGUGCGCGUCAACGGUUCACAAAUGGAACAAGCUGAACGCAGGAAAUGUGGAUGAAGAUGUUAGGGUGAUGACUAGAAAGAGCGUGGAUGAUCCCGGCGAGCCACCGGGUAUUGUAUUGAGCGCUGCCACUUCAGUUUGGCUACCUGUUUCUCCUCAGAGACUAUUUGAUUUUCUGCGCGAUGAACGGCUGAGGAGUGAGUGGGACAUCCUAUCCAAUGGUGGACCCAUGCAGGAGAUGGCCCACAUUGCCAAGGGCCAGGAUCACGGCAACUGCGUCUCCCUUCUACGUGCUAGUGCCAUGAACGCGAACCAGAGCAGCAUGCUGAUCCUGCAGGAGACGUGCAUAGACGCAGCGGGUUCGCUUGUAGUGUACGCUCCCGUUGACAUUCCAGCCAUGCACGUGGUAAUGAACGGUGGAGAUUCUGCUUACGUAGCUCUCCUUCCAUCGGGAUUCGCUGUUGUCCCUGACGGUCCUGGCUCCCGUGGGUCCCCUACUACGCCUAAUGGCCCAACUGGUAAUAACGGUGGUGCUGGCGGCCAACACAGAGUGAGUGGGUCCCUUCUGACGGUGGCAUUCCAAAUUUUGGUGAAUAGUCUCCCUACGGCCAAGCUCACUGUAGAGUCGGUGGAGACAGUGAACAAUCUCAUCUCCUGCACUGUCCAAAAGAUCAAAGCAGCGCUUCAAUGUGAAAGCUGAUUCAUAAACCCAUGCCCGUAGUGUCGUUUCCGUUUUUAAUCCUUUUAACAUAAUCAUGUCUCUUUAUGCAUUAUUUAGUGUGUGAUUGGUGGUGGCGGUUGGCCUAAGUGUGUGAAAAAAAGAGUUUGAUGUGUGAGUGAGACUAAUAGUGAGUUUGUGGGUGUUGAGUCAAGAACGAACCUCGCGUGGAACUCCUUGCAUGGACGUUAAAAAGGGUAGGAAUUGUGUCUGUGACUCGUGUGCAUGCACAGUGCAAAAGAGCAAGGGUGGUGGUUCGGGUAUUGACUCAGGUCUACCCCUGAGUUUGGCUCGCAUUAGUAAAAGAAGAAAAAAUAAGUUCUAGAUCAUGGACUUCUUAUAAUCCAAAUCUCUUUUUCUUA